AUGCAUAUGUUACAAUUAAUUCUCGUCGGAAUAUUUUUUAUAAUAACCUUUAAUCGACAAGAAAUACAUGCAGUUCAAGAACUUUAUGGCCAAUCAUCAGGUCGUAUACGAACUCCGUCUAUUAAUACAAAUCCAUCUAAAACAGGAAAUGAUUUUUUAAAAGAAAAUACUAAACAAUUAGAUACAAUAUCAUAUUCACGUGGAAUGUCUCCAACAUUUAUUCAAUCACGUCAUUUUCAUUUUGAUCAAUUUUCACGUGAUAAUCAUAAUCGUGGUCAUCCACAAACAUAUCAAUCUCAAAUUUCAUCGUCAAAUCGUCAUACCUAUGGUGGAAGAGGUAUAUAUUUAAGUGGAAUAAAUCAAGAAGGAUGCCGUUUAAAAAAUAAUUAUUGUUCACAUGAUUAUCAAUGUUGUUCAGGUAAAUGUCGAUGUGUUCGAUGGUCGAUUAUGGGAAAAAUGUCUUGUUGGAAAAAAUGUUUCUGA